AUGGCCAAGACAACCAAGAGGGUAAGAAGAGCCCAUCAAGGGAGUUCAAGCAAAAACACCUCUCCCAAAACUCCCCGACUUAAGGUCAAGUCUAAGAAAUCAAGACACCUCCCCCUUCAGGACCAUUAUCCCAAAGUGAAGGAGACACGGCACCGAAACGAACAUGAGCCCAGGACAACCGUGAAGGUGAAGAGACCCCUUCCAGGCAGCUCAAGGAAGAAAGCCUCUCCGAGAACUCCCCGUCCUUCAACCAAGUCUAAGCGAUCGAAAGGCCCCAUCCUCUAUGGCCAUUACCACAGGCUGCAAGAGACACUGAAGCGAUACGAAAACGAGCCAGAGGAAGACCAGGAGCAGAAGCCCACCACUUCGAACAGCUUCUGGUCCAGCUGGGGCUUCUGA